AUGGCAUUUGAGAACAACACCAACAUCAAACUAAUCAAAUUGAGCCAUAUCUCUCAGAGCCUAUCAUUAUCUACCUUAUGGAAGUCCUUGGCCAUUUCUGGUGCUCUACUUUUCUUGUUACACACCUUUGCGUUUAACCAUCCUCAUAAAAUGAUAACUCAUAAACUCUUUGCGCCUCUCGACCUUAGUUUCUCCUCCUCAGCGAUAUCUGCAUCAUCGCCCUUGCAAACAGAAAAAGAGCCUCCUACAAAUAUCAGCCACCUCAUGUUUGUCAUUGUUGGUAGCACCAGGACUUGGAGGUAUAGGAGAGGCUACAUAGAGCCUUGGUGGAGACCAAACAUCACAAAAGGACAUGUCUUCCUUGAAAGACCACCUGGUCGUGAUCUCUUGCCUUGGCCUCAACAAUCUCCUCCUUUCUCUGUUAACAAAGACUCAUUCGUCACCAUAAACAAAUUCAAGACUCAAAUCCGCCUUUUUCAAUCGCUCCACGAGUCGUUUAUGAAGGCAUCCAAUGACACAAGAUGGUUUGUGAUAGCGGAUGAUGACACUCUUUUCCUCUUGGACAAUCUAGUUGAAGCUCUCGGCCGGUAUGACCACAAGAAACACUAUUACAUCGGUAUGAACUCGGAGAACAUUUGGUCAAAUGCGAUUUUCGCUUUUGACAUGGGAUAUGGAGGUGGUGGAUACGCAUUGAGCUAUCCAACCGUGGAAACACUUCUCAACAAAAUGGAAGAAUGUAUAAGAAGAUACCUCGGAGUCUAUAGCGAUCUUCUCUCAUUUCGUUGCUUGGCCGACUUGGGAAUAGAUCUUACCAUGGAGAAGGGCAUCCAUCAAAUUGAUCUGCACGGUGACAUAUCAGGUCUCUUAUCAGCUCAUCCUCAGUCUCCUCUUAUAAGCCUCCACCAUUUCGAUGUCAUAGACCCGAUUUUCCCAGCCAUGAACCGCCAGGAAUCCGUGAACCACCUCAUGAAAACCGCAAAAACCGACCAAUCCCGUGUCCUGCAACAAACAAUAUGUUACCAAAGGGGAAACAAUUGGUCAGUCUCUGUCUCUUGGGGCUACUCAGUCCACAUUUACCAAUCUAUAUUCCCAAGAAACCACCUUAAACGCCCUCUCGAAACAUUCCUGCCAUGGAAUCACGUUAGAAUACCAUUGUAUACUUUUAACACAAGAUUUGUGACAAAAGAUCCAUGUGAGAUGCCUCGUCAGUUUUUCUUUGAUUCGGUUGUGGAGGACAAGAACCAAAGCUCGGUAACUACUAUGUACAAAAUGAAAACGGCAAGUAGUUUGCCUCCUUGUUUGCUAAAUGGCAACCACUCUGCUCGUAACAUUUCACAAGUCCGAGUCAUUGCUACUACUAUGCACAAGAUGGGUGCAGGAAUCGAAUGUUGCGAUGUGCAAAAUGUCAACAGUACAGAGAUUUUGGAAGUGAAGAUAAGAGCUUGCCAUAAAGAUGAAGUUCUUGCUUAA